GCACGAGCGUUCUGUAAACCAAAAAAAGAGAAAGAAACGUAAUUGCCUCCAAACCUCUCUAUAAAUCAAUCUCUCUCUCUCUCUCUCUAGAAUACCUUCUUCGAAUCCAUCUUGAGAUACUACAAAUCUAAAAUUGUGAAUAUGGGUUCUUUUGCAUAACCCAAUUGCAUACUAUACAUACUUGUCUCCGCCCAUGGGUUCUAAAUCAGUUGUGGAUUUAAUGGAGGCCUCCUCAGGUGCUCAUUUUUCUGGAUUUCACAUGGACACCCUGAAGCAAAGAAUUAAAGAGAUAGACACAUCAACAACGUCAGCGACUGAAAACAUGCAUAAACAGCCUUUUGUCAUUGGGGUUGCUGGGGGAGCAGCAUCUGGUAAGACAACAGUUUGUGAUAUGAUUAUCCAGCAGCUUCAUGAUCAACGUGUUGUACUUGUUAACCAGGAUUCCUUUUAUCAUGACUUGACCGAGGAGGAACUUACACAAGUAUAUGACUACAAUUUUGAUCAUCCUGAUGCUUUUGACACUAAGCAACUGUUACGUAUUAUGGAGAAGUUGAAGCAUGGGCAAGCAGUAGAUAUUCCAAACUAUGAUUUCAAGAGUUACAAAAACAACGUGUUUCCGGCAAGAAGGGUAAACCCUUCAGAUGUUAUACUUUUGGAAGGCAUACUCAUUUUCCAUGAUCCGCGUGUCAGAGAGUUGAUGAAUAUGAAGAUAUUUGUUGAUACAGAUGCUGAUGUACGCCUAGCACGGAGGAUAAGGCGGGAUACUGUUGAAAAGGGUAGGGAUAUUGGUGCAGUACUUGAUCAGUACUCCAAAUUUGUUAAGGCUGCUUUUGAUGACUUUAUCCUCCCAACAAAGAAGUAUGCUGAUAUAAUUAUUCCCCGUGGGGGGGAUAAUCAUGUAGCCAUUGAUUUGAUUGUACAACAUAUUCGUACCAAGCUUGGACAACAUGAUCUCUGUAAAAUAUACCCAAAUUUAUAUGUCAUUCAAUCAACUUUUCAGAUACGGGGUAUGCAUACCCUCAUACGUGAUUCUCAAACGACAAAGCAUGACUUUGUUUUUUAUUCCGAUCGGUUGAUCCGUUUGGUUGUAGAACAUGGCCUAGGACAUCUUCCAUUUACAGAAAAGCAAGUGAUCACUCCGACUGGGUCUGUGUAUACUGGUGUGGAUUUCUGUAAAAGGUUAUGUGGUGUCUCUAUUAUCAGGAGUGGUGAGAGUAUGGAGAAUGCUUUGCGAGCAUGUUGUAAAGGUAUCAAGAUUGGGAAGAUUCUCAUUCACAGAGAAGGCGACAAUGGUCAGCAGGUUUGUGCCUCUCUGUUUUUGCUCUUGAGUGUGCAGGUAUUUCGUUUCCUUGGUGCCAACCUUUUUAGUGUUUCAUUCUCUGGGCAGCUAAUCUAUGAAAAAUUGCCGAUGGACAUUUCGGAAAGGCAUGUGUUACUAUUGGAUCCUAUCCUAGGGACAGGGAAUUCGGCUGUUCAAGCUAUCUCCUUACUUUUAAAGAAAGGUGUACCAGAGUCCAACAUUAUAUUUCUCAACCUGAUAUCGGCACCUCAGGGUGUACAUAUGGUUUGCAAGUGCUUUCCAAGAAUAAAGAUUGUGACUUCUGAGAUUGAGAUGGGUCUAAACAAAGAUUUCCGGGUGAUACCUGGAAUGGGUGAGUUUGGAGACCGAUAUUUUGGAACGGAUGAUGAUGACCCACAAGUGGCAGCGGCGGCCCCUUCUCAGCAGUUCCAUCAGGGUUGAUAAUUGGUCCCAACCCACCCUCGUUUUCAGCUGAGUUUGCAGGCUGGCACAAAUUUCAAAUCAGUUUUGACUCAUGACUUCAAUUCAUUAGACAUUAUCAUCUUCUUCUUAAAAUUUUCAUUACGGCAUAAAUCAGGUAACGGCCUCCCAAUUCAAGGAUAUAUACAUGUAUUUAUGAACCCCAGAUGAUGAUAUUUUACUACGUAAUAAAGUUGUGUUGUCUUA